UAUCAGGCAUGUACACAUUGAUAAACUAACUAUAUUCCAAAGCUAACAGAAGUAUGCUGACGUGAAUUUAUAUGUUUCAACUUUAAAAUUUCAAUCUUUGGUGACUACAAUAUUAGGUUCGGAGAUAUGGGUGACACGGACGUGUUCGAUCUGCCCGUCAUCGACCUGAAGGAGGCCCAUACAUCGCGCGAGGCCCUGGCGACAAAGGUCGUGUACAUCCUUGAGAAUGUCGGCUUCGCAUACAUUGACAACGUUCCAGGUAUUGACUACGACCGCCUCUGGGACGCCUGUCAGUGGUUCUUUCCCAAACCCAUGGAGUUCAAAGAAAAACUGAUGCGAAAACAGUGGAACCCUGAAAACAGCAACGUGUAUCGCGGGUAUUUCCCGGUCGUUAAGGGAGAACCGAGCCGAAAGGAGGCGUUUGAGUUUGGCAAAGACGUGCCGCCAGAUGACACAUCCGUGUCCGACUCCAAUUGGAUGUACGAGAAGUCCACGUGGCCACCAGAGGACGGAACGUUUCCGUUUAAGUCAUUUCUUUUAAAUCAAUUUGAAGUGAUGCAUGAAACGUGCCUGGAAUUAAUUCGUCUAUGCGCCAUAGGCUUGGGGAUACCAGAAGAGUCAUUCAGUGGUUUGUUUGCGCCUCGACCGAUGUCCACGUUCCGGCUGCUGCACUACCCGCCCUGGGACGGCGCACCGCCGCCUAACGCGCUCAUUGAGGAGGGGAAAGUGGUAACCACGCCUGAGCACACCGAUUCAGACUUUAUGACGCUGCUCACGUCCUUCCGGUUCAACGGACUGGAGGUGCUGAAGGCGGACGGUAAGUGGGGAGAGGUGCGACCCCGGCCCGGAAGUCUAGUUAUGAAUAUUGGGGAUACCUUCUCACGGAUGCUGGGCGGCCGGUUUAAGGCGACGAAACAUCGCGUGAUAGAUAUCGGCGUGGACCGAUACUCCGUGCCGUUCUUCCUGAGCCCCAAGUUUGAGGGAGACAUCGGCGUCAACUUUCUAUCCCAGUACCUGCAUGAGGGCGCCGACAACGUGCCGGAACAAUUCGGACCCUGGCUUCUCCACACCAUCAAACACAAGAAAAAAUACUUCGAGUACAAAGUUUUACCAGAAAUUAAACACCUGUAGCCUUCAAAGAUGUGCAAAGUUGACAACAGAAACGUCUAAGGUAUGCAGAUCAUGUAUGGAGCUAAUACAAAUCUGAAUGCAUUCUAUAUGAGCGAUAUGCAUGGUGAGUGUAAGUACUGAAAGCACAUUCUCUGAGUAUGUCUAAAUGAUAUUAAACGUCACCAAUCUAUCUGUUUAUUUCAAUUGUGUUUCCUUGUAACAAUUAUCACUAAACAAACGCCUAGUUAUGGUUUACAAUAUGUUGUACGUUUGAAAAGCGUCGAGACAAAUUCAAUAAAAGAAAAUGAUACAUUUAAUAGAGCAAUAAUGGGAAACAAACUGACCAUGUAUUGCUCUCAUAAUUGGACGUAUUUAUAAAUAGAAAUAAUAAAUACGAAACCGUGUAUCCAAUGACACAUAC